AUGGCGUCCUUGACCGAUAGAACGUAUUUUCCUGACCUCGAGGAGUGUCUGUCGGGCAAGCAUUGCAUUCUAUCGUGGGGCCUCGUCGCAUCUGCCCUCGACGACAGCGCACCCGACCGCGUCACCAGUGCUGCCGUGUCGGCCUUUCUCAGAGAUGGCUACGUCCACCACCUGAUCAAGACGCCCUCGGCCGUGUUUGAGCCCCCGACCGCCAAGUCCAAGACAGACUUCGAGACUAAGACGGCCGCCAUCAAUGUCAUCCCCGCCCCUAACGACCACUUCACCAUCGGCGUCAUCAAGGAGGAUGCCCUGUGGCUGAGCGAGAAUGUGAACGUCAACGAGGUGGCCGCCUUGCGCAUCGUCGCCAUUGAGUUCCAGGUGCGUGCCCAGAGCCAUCUCACCGGGCCCCUGUCGAGCCAGGACGCCGUCAACAUCCAGGAGGCCGCCGGCGUCACCGAUGUCCAGGCCUCGAGCAUUCUUGCCCUCCUCAAUGUCUCUGCCGCCACCGACGCCGAGGCCACGUGGGCCGACUUCGAGACCCAGACGAGCCGCCGCCGCCGCCUUCUGUCUACCUACCUGUCCGAGCGACGGUCCUUCCUGGGUGCCGCAGACUCCUUGACCUCGUUUCUCUUGCACUCGCGCUCUGCGGCUAAGGGCCGUGAGGUCGACGAGCUGCGCCGCAUCGUCGUCAAGGCCGCCUUUAACUUCGACGAGCUUAACUCGCAGCCCGACGUGAGCCUUGCGCCAUUCGAGGCCCUGGUGCCCAGUUACCUAGCCAUUUUAAGCCACUCCAUCGACCGCUCCCAGACCGGCCCCGGCAACGUCACCCGCCCGGUGCUUACCGAACAGAUCGAGGUGAGCUGGCUGAGGACAUGUCUCACAGAGGCCGUCCACGCCAUGUCGCUCGUUUUCCAGAUCCUCGACCUCGCUGGCGCCGUGUUUGCCACGCCGGACUUAGUGGCCCAGUGGUUUGUGUUUGUGGACAGCUGCGAGUUCCUCGAAUCGCUAAACGCGAGCAACGACGCUCUUUCCGAUCUCGUAAUGCCGCUGAGGAGUAUGAUUUGCGUCAUCUCGCUCAAGCUCCUCAAUGCGGACCGGUCCAUCCCGUACCUGAACCAGGAGAUCGAUCUUAUGGAGCACGAGGACCCAUACCUGGCUUCGUCCGAGGUCCUGACACAGAUCCACCAAACACUUCAGGCUGCCGCGAGCGCGGGCUCGGUGACGGCGAGCCCCGUCGUGCUGGCGUGGUCUCUGAUUCUCCACACCAUGUAUGUGGCCUACCAGGAGAGGACAGAACGCCGCGACUUUCUCCAGAAUCAGCGGGCACAGGAGGGCUUCGAGCUCGAGAUCCGCCCCUCGGGCAGGGGGCGCAGAAACUCGACGGGAAGCAUCGUCUCCCUUGAGCAAUCGCCUUACGACCUAUUUCUUGCCUCGCAGUCCCUGGAUCGCGAUAUUGCCGCAAUAGAAAAUCUGGCCAUAGUGGCCACGUCUGCACACGGUCAAAUCUACGAGUCUAUCUCCGACAUGUCGGCAUGCCUGGGGAACGGCGCCCAAGCCGCGUUCCGGCCCGCGGUGGGCGGGCGGGGGCGGCUCACCUUGCAGGAGCUCCUGAAAGCCAGCUUUAAAAUCGUUGGUUACCGGACCGAAUCUGUCUCGAGUCUGCUCUCCGUUCUGUCGGCUGGAGGGCAAUACUGGGACACGUCUCUCGAAAACUCGCUCGCGGCCACCCAAGGGCCCGCAGCUCACAUGCUGGAAAACACCAAUCUCAGGAGAUCCUACCUCAACCAAGCCAUAACUCGCUACCCAUACGAAUUUCUACCCUUUGCAAAUUUCUGCCGCGUCUUGUCCGCGAGCCUGCUCUCAGACCCAGAAAGCUCGGAGCUGGUCAUGGGGUUCCUCCACAAGACACCGAGCUUGAUGCUCGUCUGGAAAUAUGAAUGGACGCAGUACGAGUUGGUGAGCGAGGAGGAGAACACAAACUCGUUCCGGCUCACAGAGGACCUCGAUCUCUUCAAUCCUGCCUGGGCAUCCAAGAGACGGCCUGGCACCGAGGAAGCCUUCUUCAUACCCUCGGGCACACUGGGACGAUUUGUCACCACCGAACCCAGGAUUGCACUGCUCGAGUUCGAGCACUCUGCCCUGGCUCUUCUCGGAAAGCGUCUUGAAACGAACCUAAUGCCUGAUGCCUCCAGCUCUGGCCUUGGGCCCCUCGCCCUAGAAGAAGUUGCCGAGGGCGUGUCCCUGCUAGCGACGGUGCUGCGAGCCCAAGUUGUCAAGAUCUCGGGCCCCGAUUCCCAGCGGACAUCUGAAAGCGCCGUAGACCUUUUGAAAGAGGCGAGCCGGACUUUGCCGCGGAAUAGAGACAUCAUCACCGUCAUUUGCGACACCCUGGACGGCUUGAUUCAGGAAGAGCUCACCAGCCUCGACAGUGCCAAGAUUGCCACCAUGUCGUCCUGUAUACAGUUUCUUCAUGCCGCGCUCUCGGUCUGUCCCGGCCGCAUCUGGGGUUAUGUGGCUCGGUGCGGUCUGGUUAACAGCGAGACGCGAUCUGGGCGGCUGUCCAGGAUCACCGGGAAUAUUGACAUGUCCCCUGAGCGCUUCGAUUUCCUCUCGUCGGCUGUAAAGCUCUUCUCUAGCUUGGUCGACAGCGCCAUGACCAGUGCUGUCCAACGCAAGGCCGGGACCGCCUCGUACUCUCGGCCCAAGGGGGACGAGACCCCGUGGCUCGGCACGUCUGAGAAGACCAUCUCCCGAGUCUCGCUCUUGGUAGCUCAGACGGCCGUUGAUGUGUUUGAGAACUCGGCCACGUGGAGAUUCCCCAACGAAGUCGACCGCAGCAUCCUGGUCCGAGACGUGUUGAGCAUCUUGAAUAAUCUAAUAUCAUACUCGUUUAGCAUCGGGACAGUCGAAAAACCAAGUAGCUUGACGAGUUGUCUUGUGCCUGCCGCCAAGUAUAUCGUAGACGGCUUCUUGUCUCCGUCUUCGAGUUCCCUGAGGUUCCAGCCCUUCUUGGCAACCCUCCUCGUUGCCUUCCAAAUCCCCGACUCGACUCUAUACGUGCGACGAUCCGGGAUAGUCUCCGAGAGACUGACGGCUGCCUUGGCUUUUGCGAACACGCUGUUGCGAGCUGCCAACUACCUAAACCAGCCUUCGGCUGUCGUUCAGACGCAGCUUUUCAAGUCGGCCUCGCUCAUUGCUCGGCUGCCGGGCAUCAAGCACUCUUUCAAAGCGCCAGCCGUAUCUCUGCUCAGCGCGCUUGUAGAGAGUGCCGGAAAGGGCAGCGAAAACGAGCCACCGUCGCUAUUGGGAUACCUUGGACCGCAGGUAUCAAGGUCCUUCCUCCAGAUAGUUUCGCAGCUUGAUCAGCCAUAUGAUAGGAUCUCUGAGCUGGUGAGCAUGUGGAAAUUCUUCUCGACCAUUAUGCGGAACCGGCAACAAUGGAUGGCGAACUGCCUCCUUACGGGCAAGACGCCGCGCGAGGCCUUGAAGGGAGACGGGAAAAUGUCAACACUGUCCCCCGACUCGGUGCUCGCAAUGGCGCUGGAGAAGUUGUGCUCGGUCAAUAAACUGCCCAGCCGGGAAAGUAUGGCUGUUCUCGAGUUCUUCACCUCGGCACAGAACUACUGGCCCUGGACCAUUUUUGCAAUGCAGAAAGACAAUAGCUUUCUGCAACACCUCCGAUCAUAUGCGCGCAACCUCAAGUCGCCAUCUGUCGUGUCCAAGACGGAUGCGAGGGAGGCUGGCUACCAAGCGAGGAUAGCGGCGUAUAUCGCCGAGACCUUUGCCAUGCAGCUGUACCACUUGCGCCAGAUUGGCCAAGAACAGACGUUUGCCACGGAUGUGCUGAAAGACCUCGACUACUUCCUCCGCAACGGAGCCGAGGUGGCGGACUACAAUGCCUCUCUACACGCAAACUUCACCAAGAACUUCAAUGCGCGGUAUUCCGGUUGUUCGAUAGACGAUUUCAAGAGGACCGCUCUAGUACCUCGGGACCUUGGCUCCAACUUUUACUUUGCCCUGGAUUUCGCCGACACAACGCUCGGCUACGACGCCGGCUGGACUCCCCGGCGGCAGAACGGCUUUAGGCACGAGAUGGAGAUAGCGAACCUAAACCUGUCCUUAGUGGAAGCUGAAGUGGCUCUAUUUCACGCCUGGGAGUAUCUGCUCCUGGAGCUCAGCGUGUGCCUCUUGCCGGAUGGGGCUGUCGUACAGCGCAUGUUGCAGGUUGCAGAGCAGUGCUUGGAGUCCAACCAAAGGCCCCAGCCGCCAGAGAAUAUCUUCGUCAGGCUCAGUCACUCACGGGCGAACCUGACUCUGACGCUCCUACAGCGUCUUGCAGAUUGCUCGUACGCGCCAAAGAAUAUCACGAGCCUGCUCAUGAGCAUCUCGGCCACGAUCAACGGGGUCGAGAACCCAUUCAGCGCUGAUCGGAUAUCCUACUUCCGAACCCUCCUCAAGAUCCUCUUUAUGAUUCUGAGAGGAGCACCCAGACACUCGGCCGGCCCUGCGCCCUCCAAGGAUAAUGAGCAUGACGCCCCGGUGGCGCUCACCCAAACAGUCUUGACUAUCCUCGAUCGGGUCGUCGCCCGGCUGUUUAGGUUACUCGUGACGCUAGUCCACGAACCAAAGUCGGCGACAACCCCUGAGGACCUUGCCCUUGUAACCGCCAUCCUCCAGGCCUGCCUCAGCGUGAGCGGAAUAGAGCAGUGCCAGCUCCAGAUCGGCAACAUCAUGGCUUCGUAUGACGUGUUCCAAGUGGCAACUUCGCUGUUUUCCUGGGCCGACAAGCUGGCGGACAACGGCGAUCCCGUCUACGGCGAGCUUGCGCUGCUUUUUCUCCUGGAGCUCUCGGCCCUCCCCACAAUAGCCGAGCAGCUGGCAUGCGACGGCCUCCUGGACCACCUCACGUCGGCAAGCCUCGCCGGGUACAUGCGGCGCAGCAACGUGUCGCCGUUCUCGGAGAACGCGGGCGCCGCCCGGUGCUACGGCAUCUGGGCCAAGGGGGUGCUGCCGCUGCUGCUCAACAUCCUCGGGGCGCUGCGCGCCACCAUCGCGCCCGAGAUCGCGUUCGUGCUGAACCAGUUCCCCAACCUGCUGCAGUCGAGCGUCGAGCGCUUCGAGGCGCCGGGCCUCAGCCGCACGGCGUCGCGCGACGCGCCGCAGUUCGUCACGCUGGUGGCCGUGUCCGAGAUCCACUCGCUCGCGCUCCUCACGCGCGUCCUCGGCGUCCUGCGCGCCAACAACACGCGCGACAUCCCCGAGGUGGCCUGGGACGCGACGUCGGUGCUCGAGAACGUCGAGUUCUGGCUGCGCAGCCGCAAGAUCCUGCGCGAGCGCAUGCUGCCCCUCAGCCCGCGCGAGACCGAGUGGCGCGCCACGAAGGCCGCCGACGGCAGCGGCUGCGAGAACCGCCUCGAGGAGAAGGCCGUCUCGAAGCUCGAGGCUGUCAAGGAUGUGCUAGCCGAGGAUAUGGAGUGA